GCGCUGCUUUGAGUGCGUGGUGUGUGUGAGAGGGAGAGGGUUUGGGAGCGUGCUCAGGUCUAUCACAAGAGCUUGGCCUGUUUUGUUGGGUUGCGUGUGGGAAUGCAUGAAGCUAGCAUUAUUUGUAGCUAGUAUGCGCAUAUUUAUUUUAUUUUUGUAAAUAGUUCAAGCUUGAUAGCCAAAGAAGCAACUAGCUAAGGCAAUUGGUAGGUAGUUGCUUUAUCUUGUUGCAUUCUAUAUUUCUUAGCCGAAGGACCAUUCACUUGUUUGAAGGCAAUUUUUGAGCUCCAGCGUAAAUCUGAAGAUGUCUGCCGAUUGUCAAAAGACCACGAGCAGGGCAAUCCCAACUAGACGGGUGACUAUAAACGACGCGACGCACUUGCCCCACGAUUACUCCACAACUCCAGGAGGAACGCUGUUCAGCACGACCCCGGGAGGCACCAGAAUCAUCUACGACCGCAAGUUCCUGCUGGACUGCCGCAGUUCCCCGGUGGCAAGGACACCCCCCCGCUGUCUGCCAGACAUUCCUGGGGUCACCAGCCCCCCCUCCGCUCACAUUAACAACGACAAGGCCCAUCCUCCGCAACAGAUCCUUAACAACAACUGCAGCACUCACGCCGAGAAGAGUGCUGGGGAAGAUGCACAAUUUGAAAUGGAUAUCUAACCUUGCCUGGGAUCUGGUACAAGAGAGCCAGCAGUUACGAUGACGAUUACGAUGAUGAUGGUGAUGACGAUGGCAGAUGAAGAUGAGAAAUUUAGAGAAGAGACCCCCCCCACCACACCCACUCUACAGCUUUAUCCUUCCUUGAGGCAGCUGCUGAAGAUGGACCCUUAAACACUUGCUCUCAUGGAAGACUGGUCCGAAUAGCUACGCCAAACCUGUACUCCACCCCCUCCUCCCACCCUCCUUACCCACUGACCUGUGUUGGUGUGACACCCCUCCCUAUUGGCCUAUUUUGCCCCAUGUGACAUUUGACCUGACCCCCUAUCUGUGUUCCAUUAAUCUCACCUCUAGACUCUCUAGAGAGACUCUCUAGGAAGGGAGGUUGCAGUUCCAUGUCAAUUGUUUUAGGAGGCUGAGGGGAUAGGGGGAGAUGCCCCCCCCCAUGUUUAAUUUAGGCAAAAUUGCCCCCCUGGAUGAUAAUAGGGUUAUUUUCUUGUGGGACUUACAUUCUUUGUUCUUACCCCCCAAUGUCCAACUCAUUUAUGCAUCUGAGCCUGUCAAAUGAUUCUGUCUUUCCUCUUGUUCAGUUUGCCGCUGCAAAUGAACCACAAAUGCCAAUAUCCAAAGACCACAAUCUCCUCUUCAUCAUCAUCAUCACCCCCCCCCCUCCCACAUUUCAAUUAUCAUUCAGGAGUGUUUUUGUUUUCCCCAGGCCAGAAAGCUAAAUGGCAGUAGUUGUUUUUUCUUCACUGGUCUCUCUUUAAGAUUGCCUUUACAAUGGUUUCGUUAUCACUUGCUGGUACUUUUACCAAGUGAAACUGAUUGUGCACCAAAAUGGUUCAAACUUUGGAAUGUAACAUGCUCUUAUUUUCUAUUUUUUUGUUGAUGAAACUUUUGAGACUGGAGAGAUGAUUGACAUGGUUAUGAUCAUGGAGGAGUAAAUAAAAACUAAAUGAGUAAAUGAA